UCCCAAACGGCUUCUUGCUCCCUAUCUAGAACACUAAAACGCGAAAUGAAAUCUCUAAAAGGCAUCUCGAGACUCUUUAGUGCACUACACGUCAGUGCAGAAGGCGUUUGAGACUCGCCCACAGCUAGACGCCCUCUCUCAGGCUGUUCGCUGCAGCGCGCUGGGGAGCAGCUGGAGAUAUUUGGAGUGCCGCUGCGGAGGUGAACAUGGCCGACGUGUCGGAGAGGACGUUACAGGUCGCUAUCCUGGUCUCGUUUGCCACGGGCUUCGUCGCGGGCUGGCAGGCCAACAGGAUGCGCAGGAGGUUCCUGGACUGGCGGAAGAAACGGCUCCAGGACAAGCUGGCGGAGACGCAGAAGAAGCUGGACCUGUCGUGACCUGCGGGGUCAGGUCUGAUAACUGCCGGCCUGGCCGCAUGAAAUCAAUGGUGUCCUUGCCCUGCUGAGACCCCCUUCGACCCCUCUGACCCCUUUGAUGGACUCAACUCUGGAUAAGAAGUCACCUUCAGCUGUUCUGCCAAUCUUCUGUUCCCUCCUGAGACCUUUAAACACUAUGCACACACUGCAGUGUUGCAUUGCAGUGCAGUUCUCAAAAACAUAUUUUUUAUGGGGAUAAAUGUUUUAUUUUGUUGUUUUUUAAUAACAAGUUGUUUACAAGGUAUUAUUCUAAGCCAUAAUAUUGCUGUUAAUAAGCUUGUACCAUCAUGUUGGAAUAAAAUAAACUAUUUUGUUACUUUAAA